UGUGUUUGGUUUAGGUGGGACUUAUAGGGACUUUUUUAAGUCCCUAAACCAAUAAGUCCCUGGAAACAAACACCCUCUACAUGACCUGCAAGAUCGUCGAGGUACGUGCGUCAACCACCGAACCAGCUCAAGUGGUCAAUGGGUUUGCUGACGAACGAGGUAUCCGCGGCGGUGAAGGGGCUCCUGUGCCGGAGUGGGCCAACGGCAAGCUCGCGGCGGAGUGCUCGUGGCCAGACACCAUGCAGUGCCAGAUGCCCUCGUCCAGCUCCCUGCACUUCACCAACACCCACGACGGCUGCAAGUUCAGCUACACCACUGAAGUGACGACGAAUGAGUCAAGGGUGGCAGUGCCCGGGAUCCACUUCCACUUCAUUUCGGCCGGUGGGAGCGGUGGCUAGGGUUUGUCAGCCGUGUGGGGGCGUGGGGGAGGGGGACAGAGCGAGAAGAAUACAGGGGAAGUGGACUCGAUGGCCCGUGGAGGUAGAGCUCCGUGUGGCAUUGAAGAAAGAGGCAAACAUGUUCGAAAAAUAUCAAGGCGGUGCAAGGGACAUAAAGAGGAGCACCACAAGGAAAAUGAAGAUUGAUGGGAGGGACACUCUAGGGUGACAUGAUGAUAGGUUGAGAGGCGUGGACACAUCUAGCUAGCGAGAAGGACGUUUGCCAAAAUUUUAGUUUAUAUUGUUAUAUUUAGGCAUUAAAUAAUAGUUUAGACUAAUUUUUAUUAAAACAUGAAAUGUUAUGUGGCCACUAUUGUGAUCAAAAAAUUGAUUUAGGUAUCACAUAUUGAAGAAAUUCCUAA